UAAUUUUACAUAACUUAGAGCUUACUGCUACUUCAGUUCAUUGCUUACUUUGACCAUAUGCUUUAACCCUGGAAAGCUUUUUCUGAUUGUAGAUCUGAGAAACAAUUUCUAACGAUGGCCGAAAAACCUGAUCCAGUUGUUGCUGAUCUCGAGCAAGAGGUGACCUGUGGCAUCUGUCAUGACCGCAUCCAGGAGCUAAAGCUGCUCCCUCGUUGUCACUACUACUGCAAGCAAUGCAUCCUCACACUCUCCAGUCGCUACCCACCCAACCAGCCGUUCCCCUGCCCCGACUGUCGUGAGCCCACUCUAUUGCCAGACAACAACCCAGACAGACUGACCACUGCGUUCUUCAUCAACCGGAUGAAAGCACUCCACUCGAGGAUGGAGAAAGCCCACGGCAAGUUAGAGGCCACCUGUGAAAUGUGCCCUGGGGAAAAGGCCACUGCAUUCUGCCGACAGUGUGUCCAGUUCAUUUGUGAGGAUUGUGUAAGAUCUCAUCAGCGUAUGAAAGUGUUUGCUACACAUAUCGUCUCUACUCUGGAACAGCUCAAACAGGGCGGAGUGAAAGAUCUAACAUUCGAAAGCCCACUACCCCCAAAAUGCGAGGAUCAUGAGGAGCCAAAGAAGAUUUUUUGUUUCGAUUGCAACAAGCUCAUCUGUCGAGACUGUGUUGUAUUCGAUCAUUGUGACCACAAGUCAGAGUUAGUUAAGAAAGCCGCCCCCGAAACUCGCAAAAAGCUGACGGAGCACCUCUCCCCACUCAAGAACCUACUGCCUCAUCUGAGCACCGCUGUGAAUCAAGUGAAAGGAACUAAACAGAAUAUACAGGCCCAGAAAGAACUGACAGAGAGACAAGUGAAUGCCAAGUUCCAGGAGCUACACGAUAUUCUCGAUCGAUGCAAAGUCCGUGUUUUACGAGAAUCUUCUGCUUUAGCUGAUUCAAAGAUGGAGAAGCUGACAGUUCAAGAGAAAGAUCUGGACCUGUCCCUAGGCACUGCUCAGAGUUUGAUUGACUUUGUAGAGCGUACACUGGAGAAUGCAAGUGAUGAAGAACUGAUUACGAUGCAAGAGCAGGUGGUGAGUCGAAUCGAUGCUGAGGUGGUGAAGGAAGCAGCCAAUUCUGAUCCAGUGGAGAAAGAUGAUUUUGGAGUUGAGGUGUUUGUUUAUAAGGGUCUCAAGGAGUUGUGUAAAAACAACGUUAUUGUGUAUGACGGUACAGUGGAUCCAACGAAGUGCACUGUGGAAGGAGAUGUAGUUAAAAAUGCUGAAAUCGAUAAACCUGCUUGCUUUUCAAUCAAUAUACACCAGCCACGACAAUUUUCAAAAGCUAAAGCAACUUUAAAAUUGCUAGCUGAUCAAUCAUCUCAACAGCUACAAGCAGUGCCUGUGAGGGGUGGAGUGUACAGUGUUGAGUACACCCCUAGGGUACGUGGUCGAUACCACCUCCUGAUCUCAGUGGACGACCAGCCUAUUUCAGGAAGCCCCUUCUCUGUGUUCGUCAAAAUACCCCCCACCAAGCUGGACAAACCUGUGAGGGUGAUAAGAGGAAUCAACAACCCUCGGUAUAUGGCAUUCAACUCAUCAGAAGAACUGAUUGUAACUGACUGGAACGGUGAUAUUUUGAUGUUUGACAAGAAAGGAAAACAAAUUCAAAGCAUCAGCAAAUCAAUACAUUGGUUUGGCAGUAUCUCUCGUGUGGCAGUAGACAAGGAAGACAAGAUCUAUGUCUCUGGCAGCAACAAACACUGCGUGUACAAAAGAGGAUAUCUGCUAAAAUGGUUUGGGACAAGGGAAAGUAUUCUAAAAAAACUCUACUACCCUCAAGGGAUAGCAGUCGCUGGUGAUGAAGUGUUUGUGUGCAAUCGAGGGAAUCACGGAGUCCAAGUGUUGACGACAGAGCUGGGGCCAGUCAAGCAGAUUGAUUUAAUGGAAACUGGUAAUGACCUACCAGAGGAUGUUGCGGUGGACAAUGUACAAAUGGUGUAUGUCACUGACUAUGGUAAUCAUCGUGUUCAAGUGCUCACUAUGGAUGAUCGGUUUAUUCACUCGAUUGGAAAGAAAGGAAAUGGACAAGGAGAUCUUUCUGGCCCUCGUGGUGUGUGUGUCAGUAGUUUUCUUUAUGUUGCUGAGUAUACUAACAAGCGCGUGUCAGUGUUCACUAAAGAUGGUCAGUUUGUCACAUCAUUUGGUAAUGGUCAUAUCACUUCUCUUAUGGAGUAGCUGUGGACAGUGAGUGGUGGUUUUGUGUAUGUGUGCAGUGAAGGAUCUGUUGUUAUCUUUUAGUGUUUUGUGGUUGUCUUCACUUUGUUACUUACCUUAUUUGUGUGUGUGCAGUAGCAUAUAUCUGUGGUUUUGUAGUCUACCAGUAUAUAUGUGUAUAUUGUUUAUUGAUUGAA